AUGGCGUCCCCCGCGGCGCAAAAGCGCGUCAAUGUCGCUGUAUCCAGGCUGAUCCCACCCGUGUUACUCGGCGCCGUGGUCUACGCUUCUUACGCGGUCACGAAACCCUUGUGCAUCGACUAUUUAAUUCAUCCAUUACCUUCCUAUCACCGAAACCCUCGAGUCGGCGCUGGCGCUGCGAUCCUUACCGUCUAUUAUAUCCUUUUAAUCCCCAUGGUUGUCACAUACCUGCAUCUUUAUUACCACGUCCUUUGGAACCCUGGAUAUCUUCCCCUCGGCGAACAGAAGCUGCAGGAUGAUGAAAGUAAUGAAAACGAGAAGAAGUCGAAGAAGUCGCACCGGAGGCGCCAUCGGAGGAGCGCGCGGAAAGCCGACCAGGAGAAGACGACUCAGUCGGAGACUGACGUGGAAAGGGGCUUGGGUCCCGUUUCUGGAGGCGCGGAAGCUUCAUUGGAGCUGGAUCUGGAGAGCUUUUAUACCAAAGAUGUCUUUGUGUGCCAGGAGGACGGUCGGCCUCUUUGGUGCUCCACUUGCUGCCAAUACAAGACAGAUAGGGCGCACCACUGCCGGGAGCUGGGCCGCUGUGUGCGCAAGAUGGACCACUUUUGUCCCUGGGUUGGAGGUGUGGUGUCGGAGACGUCGUUCAAGUUCUUUAUUCAAUUUGUGGUGUACACCUGUAUAUACUGCACUUUCGCGCUCAUAGUGUCUGCUUAUUUCACUGCAGAGAUUCGAAGAAACACCGGGGAGCAAACGCAUAUUGGUGCGAGCGCACUCUUCGCCUUUUUCACAGCUGGAAUGACUCUGAGUUCGUUGCAAAUGGGCAUAUUUAACAUCACAACAAUCGAGAACCUCAAUCGGCGCACCGCAGUCUGGACCCUUGCCAUCCGUGUGCCCGAGUAUCUUCUCGAUCGUCUCUGGGAUACCCAGUCCCCCUGGGCUCCAACAUUCCGUAUGGUCUCAUAUCCACCGGAGACAUCAACCGCAAGCCAACCGCAAGCCACAAACCCCUCCGCCGGCGAGCGCCACGUGUUUGCCAUACUCCACACCCUACCGGGCGAGAACCCAUUCGACCUGGGCUCUCCAUUCAAGAACCUCCAGCAAGUCAUGGGGCGCAGUGUACUCGAUUGGCUCCUACCGAUAAAACAGAGCCCAUGCGCCGAUCAUAGCAGCAUGGAAAGCCACUACGCCCUCGGCCCCGUUGUAACCCGCUUGAAGCAGGAGGCUGGACUGGUCCCGCCCGGGAAUGGGGCCAUUUCGGACCCCCCACAUUCGGGGCGUAGCCAGCGAAGGAAAAAUACCCAUUGA